CUCCGCUUUUGUUCUGGAACCGGAGCCGAGUAGAGCAGGGCACGAGGUGGUGGUCGGUAUGGCGGGAGGCUCGAGCGGCGUCUCAUUUCUCGGGGUUGUGCUGCUCGCUGCGAUUCUGUUGCAGACCGUGGCCGUUACUGUCACCGUGCUAUACUUCACUAACGUCCUCAACACGGUAAGAACCGGGGGGAAAUAAGGGGUAGAAAAAAUACACGUACUAUUUAAGUAUAUAAGGUCGCUUGAUGGAGCUUGGACUUUGCACUUUUGUGACUAUUCCAUUGGCUCCAUUGUUUCGGGCAAACUAAAUUAUGUAUGUUGAAAGCAUUUGAAAUAUAUUUGAUCCAGGCUUGAUACGGGUUAUUUACCUUGUGUUUAUGCGACGUUGUGUUGUGCGGUGCCAGUUCGCAUACAGUUGGAGAAAGUAGUUAUGUUGCAAUAAAGCUUUUCCAUGAAAACUUCUUGCUUUGCAAAUGAUUUCCCUGACUUGUUUGUUGAUUGUGAUAAACAUUGCCAACGUGUGCAGAGAACGCCCAGUGCAUUCUGUAAGAUAAGGAGUGUUUAUGUGUUGUAGUAGUGUAGUGUGCACUGGGUAUAAGGAAGUUCUGUGCCGAGAACUGUGCAAAAGGUUAGUGUUAUCUGGAAUCCUUGGGACGUCCCUACCCUAAACCCUAACCUUAACCCCUACCCUACCCCUUAAAUAACUCUAACCCUUACCUUAACCAUUUUAAAGUUAAACUUCAAUGGGGUAACAUCAGUUGGGACGUCCCAAUGAUCCCAGAUAGCAAGGACCCUGUGCAAAAGACUGUCUGCAAGAAAACUUUGUUGAUAUGCCCUUUAUCCAAUUUUAUUGUUUUCUUAUUGUUUCACCUUGUUUUUGCAGGGAAAGUUUAGUGCAUACUGAAGUGCUUUGUUCAAGUGCUGAUGAAACUGUAAAUGUUUGACUUUUGUUAGGCUCUUUGUGUUCUCUCCUGCAGCUGUGUACUUUAGUAACCUGGAUUAUUUCCAUAAUGAUUGAGCAACAAUGCUGACUCUCCCUCUCUGCUUCCCUAUACUCUCCCAUUCUCCUCUCUCUCUCUCUCUCUCUCUCUCUCUCUCUCUCUCUCUCUCUCUCUCUCUCUCUCUCUCUCUCUCUCUCUCUUCCAUCUCUCUACUCUCCGUCUGUCUCUCUCUCUCUCUCUGUCUGUCUGUCUGUCUCUCUCGUCUCUCUCUCUCCCUCUCCCUCUCCCUCUCUGUCUGUCUGACAGCAACAGAGAAAUGUUAUAAAGACUUAUACAGACAGACAAUCCAUUUGAACAUGGCAGUAUUAGUUUCAUUACAGCAAGAGUAAGUGAAGUAAACAACUGUUUAUGAUGCAACUCAACUCUGGUCCCCCAAGUAUCCCUAACAACGUUAGCCUAUCCACUUUGUUGUUCAGUCGAAGGUGUGUAGUAUUCAUUUAAAUGUGUGUGUUGUUCAGAUGAAGGAGACGUUUGCAAGGAGCAGUGUGUCGUGUCUGACACGGGCCGACCUCAGAGAGGGAUACGUACGCUCCUCCACCGAGGGGAGAGGAGACCCCUGCUGGCAGGUCACACAGCAACUACACACCCUCAUAGAGAAGGUAACACACAUCCUCAUUGAGUAGAUAUCUGCCUCGCAGGGGUCCCAGGUCUUCUGGUAGGACGAAGGGGCUCCCUAUAUAAUUUACCAUUAUCCACAGAUCUAGGAUAAGAUUACCCUCCCUUAAUCCUAACCUUAACCAUUAGGGGAGAAAUGCAAAACUGACCUAAGAUCAGCAACCUUACUCGCCUCAGAAGAGUUUCAGACAUACAAUGGGGUUUUUAUAGUGCAGUCUGGGAUGGGAUCCACUGUGGUUUAAUUAGCACUGGAAUGUACUCACCUGGCCAGAAACACACGCGCACAUACACUCACACACAUUUUUUGCAAGAAUGUUUUGGGCUUUUAUUUGAAAUAUGUUAAAUAAAUAGCCUUUCUCUUCUCUCUCUCUCUCUCUCUCUCUCUCUCUGUCUGUCUCUGGCUCUCUCUCUGUCUUUCUCUCUCUUUCUUUCUCUCUGUCUCUCUGUCUUUCUCUCUCUCUGUCUUUCUCUCUGUCUUUCUCUGUCUCUCUCUCUGUCUCUCUCUUUGUCUCUCUCUCUCUGUCUCUGUGGCCCUGUGUAGCUCAGUUGGUAGAGCAUGGUGUUUGGACGCCAGGGUUGUGGGUUCGAUUCCCACGGGGGGCCAGUAUGAGAAAUGUAUGCACUCACUAACUGUAAGUCGCUCUGGAUAAGAGCGUCUGCUAAAUAACUAAAAUGUAAAUGUAAAAAUGUCUCUGUCUCUCUCUCUCUUCAGUCACUGUCUCAGCGAUAUCAGAGGGAGAUCUCCUCAGCAGUUAGAGGUGAGAUAACUACCUGUCUGACCUAUAGAACUAGGGCAAAACGGCACCCUGUGAUUUGAAUUAGUAAAGCUGACAUAGUAAUAAGUAAGCAAGACUUGUCCGAGCCAGAACGGUUCAUAGGGCAGGAGUGAGGAGCCUAUCUCCUGUUUCUGUAGUGUGAGGCAGCUUGAUGUACAAGUUCCAUCUAUGGACAGGAUGCUAGUAAACCACUACAUAUAAGUAACCUUUAAUGGGAAUGUCCAUUUUACAAGUUCUAUGCUGUUAUCACUGAUUUAUGUUUUGACUACACUAGGACAACUAAUUAAUGUUCUCGCUCUCUCUCUGUCAGGUGAGGUGUCCAGGGUGUUGCCCUCACUGGUGAUGGAGGACCGGGCGCCUUCUCGCCCGAAUGUCGCCGCCCACGUCACUGGCAGCUUGGCUCCCAAAGUAGAGAGGGAGGGAGGAGGUGAGACCUGUUUCAAUUUUCACCCUUCAUACUCUGCAACUACAACAGAGACACUGUGUGUGUGUGUGUGUGCACGCGCGUGUAUAACCCUGUGAAGACUGGUGUUGAGAGUUUGAUGAACACAGGUUAGACUCUGGGGGCAUGUGGCUCACACCUGUGUGUGAUGUGUUCUUCAGGUGUGUGUGUGUGUGUUUGUGUAUAGUUCAGAGAGAGGGGAGAGGAGAGCUUAAAAGUGAUUACAUAUCACUACAGUAACUAGUAAUACAGGCAGCAAGCAGUAUGUGUCCCAUAUGAGCUCUUAACCCAGUGGUAGAUCUGGCAGAAUACACCAACCCUCUCCUCACCAUCUUGACAGACUGACAGCUCGGUGUGAAGUGUUACAUUUAUUGCCCAGGCCAAGUCUGUAGACAUACAGUAUGUUAUGUGGUUCCAUUUAUGGCAUCUUAUAGCACACUUUCAAUAAUAUUUAUUGUGGGGAUUGAGGCCAUAUACACUGAGUGUACAAAACAUUAAGAACAGCUGCUCUUUCCAUGACAUAGACUGACCGGGGAGGGGGUGCAACUCAAUAUUAGGGAGGUGUUCCUAAUGUUUGGUAUACUCAGUGUCUGUAGACUGUUCUAUUCUAUUCUUAACCGAUUAUAUUGUAUUCUGUCUUAAGACCUAGCCCUGUCUAACUCCUGACCCUUGAGCUUGCCUACUAUUGCCUUUCUCCUUCCUGUCUGGCCACAGGUUCUCCGGGAUGGCGUGUGCAGGGGCAGAAGAUCUCGUGGUGGGAGGGGCAUAAAGGGCUGGCAUUCCUUCAGGACGUCCGAUUGGUUGACGGGGAGCUGGUGAUGCCUCGCCCAGGACUCUACUAUAUCUACGCCCAGACCUACUUCAGACAUACCCACCGAGAGGAGGGGGAGGAGGAAGAGGAGAGGGAGCAGAGGGGGAGACCCAUGCUGCAGUAUGUCUAUAAGAAAGUGAGUUCACGGUACCACGCUCAUUUUUCCUAUAAGAAUAGGACAAACAGUUGUCCUAUAAGAAUGUUUGUUUUUACGUUUUCGAUAGCUAUAUGACAUCUUGAGUGUUUAUCAAAGGUAGUUGUAGUGAUGGUGCUGUGUGUCCUCCUCCAGGUGUCCUCCUACCCAGUACCCAUCCUGCUGAUGAAGACAAGCCGGACUUCCUGCUGGUCCCGGGACUCCCAGUUCUCUCUGCACUCCGCCCACCAGGGGGGGCUGUUCCCAUUGGCUGCCGGAGACCGCCUUCUCGUCACCGUUAGCAACGCCUCAGCCAUCGACAUGGAUGAGAGGAGCAGCUUCUUCGGGGCUUUCCUGGUCAGCUAGAGGUCAGGAGUUAGUCUGCAUGGUGACUCAAGAGGGCUGGAACCUGGGACACACACUGUUUGGGAGCCAUGUGUGAAUACUGACAGACACAUCAUUUGAGAGCUCUGUGUGUGGUUGUGUGUGGUUGUGUGUGUGUG